AUGGCUUCCCCGUCUUCCAGCAUUCGACACCGGGGGAGCAAAAAGAAUGUCGACGCCGGUUCCCCUCCGGCCACUCCAGAGGUGAAGAGCACGGAGACGCUGUCCGCGGUGGUCAAGGGGAAAGCAGAACCCGCGUCGUGGGAAUGGGACUAUAGAAUUGCUAUGGUGAUCGUUACGAUCGGAGCAUUCAUUACUAGGUUUUGGAAGAUUAGCUACCCUGACGAGGUGGUAUUCGAUGAAGUGCAUUUUGGAAAGUUCGCUUCAUACUACCUCCAGCGUACCUACUUUUUUGAUGUCCAUCCACCAUUCGCCAAACUUCUCUUUGCGCUGAUGGGCUGGUUGGUUGGAUUCGAUGGACAGUUCCUAUUCGAGAACAUUGGAGACUCUUACAUCAAGAACAAGGUGCCAUAUGUCGCCCUCCGUGCUCUGCCCGCCACGCUUGGCUCCCUGACCGUCCCCGUCGUCUUCCUUAUCAUGUGGGAGUCAGGCUACUCGCUUCCAGCCUGUGUUCUGUCUGCGGGCCUUCUCCUGUUUGACAAUGCUCACAUCGCCGAGGAUAGGCUCAUUCUGCUUGACGCUACCUUGGUCAUCUCGAUGGCAUUGAGCGUACUGUGCUACAUCAAGUUCCACAAAAACAGACAUGAACCAUUUGGCCGAAAGUGGUGGAAGUGGCUUCUGUUAACUGGAAUUUCUCUCAGCUGCGUCAUCUCCACCAAAUACGUUGGUGUCUUCACUUUCGUGACUAUUGGAUCGGCCGUUUUGAUCGAUCUAUGGAACCUGCUUGACAUCAAUCGCCGUCAGGGAAAGCUCAGCCUCUUCGAGUUUGGCACUCACUUUGCUGCUCGUGCUUUCGGUUUGAUCAUCGUUCCAUUCUUCCUGUACCUCUUCUGGUUCCAGGUUCACUUCGCCAUUCUCACCAAGUCCGGUCCUGGCGAUGACUUCAUGAGCCCUGAAUUCCAGGCUACCCUCAGCGAUAACGCCAUGAUUGCUCAGUCCAAGGGAAUCGAAUACUACGAUGUAAUUACCAUUCGACACAAGGAUACCAAGGUCUAUCUACACAGUCACCCCGACCGUUACCCCCUCCGAUACGAUGACGGUCGUGUCUCGAGUCAGGGCCAGCAGGUCACCGGUUACCCACACAACGACACGAACAACCACUGGCAAAUCUUGCCCGAAAUCGCCUUCCCGACCGAAAACCGUACUGGACACAAGGUCCUGAAUGGACAUAACGUUCAACUUCGUCACGUUGUCACGGAUACUUUCCUGCUUUCGCACGACGUUGCGUCCCCAAGCUAUCCUACAAACCAAGAGUUCACCACCAUCCCUCCUGAAGAGGCAGCAGACAAACGACGCAACGAUACUCUCUUUGAAAUCCAGAUUCCAAGAGGCAAGAGCAAUGAAGAGUUUAGAACCAGGUCCAGCUUGUUCAACCUGAUCCAUUUCCCUUCGAAAGUUGCCAUGUGGACCCAUACUACACCUUUGCCGGACUGGGGGUUCAAGCAGGCCGAAAUCAACGGAAACAAGAACGCCAAGGAAGCAAGCAACCUCUGGUUUGCGGAGGAUAUCCCAUCCCUGACGCCAGAGAGUGAACGAAUGAACCAGGAACCUCGCAAGGUCCAACCGAUGCGAUUCUUGAAGAAGUAUAUUGAGCUUCAGGUUGCCAUGUUCCACCACAACAAUGCCUUGACGAGCAGCCACCCUUACGCGAGCGAGCCGUUCCAGUGGCCGUUCUUGCUGCGUGGUGUCAGCUUCUGGACCAAGAACGAUACCAGGGAACAAAUCUACUUUGUCGGUAACCCCAUCGGAUGGUGGCUCUCGAGCAGUCUCUUGGCCGUCUUUGUCGGUAUCCUUGGAGCCGAUCAGCUGUCUCUUCGUCGUGGUAUCGAUGCUCUGGAAGAAAUCUGGGGCCCAGGAACUCGCAACCGCUUGUACAACAGUACUGGAUUCUUCUUCCUCUGCUGGGCGGCUCACUACUUCCCAUUCUACCUCAUGGGCCGACAACGGUUCCUUCACCAUUAUCUCCCAUCACACGUAGCAUCUGUCCUGGUAACUGGCGCCCUGGUCGAGUUCCUCUUCAACAUCGAUCCAAUCGCUCUGGCCGAGACUCCCUCAGGCAGCGGUCCGCAAAAGGUACGACACUCCCGACAGAGUCUGAUGGCUAUCUGGGCAGCCACCUUUGCGGUCCUCGGCGUCGCGAUCUGGGGCUUCGGCUUCUUCGCGCCGCUCACCUAUGGCACUCCUGGCUUGGACGUUGCUGGAAUAAACGCCAGAAAGUGGCUGUCCUACGACUUGCACUUUGCUAAGUAA